CAGGUCUCAGAAAAAAAAAAGGAUUCAUGUCCACCCCGCCACACCCAUAUGAUAUAUAAUAUUCACUCAAAAUGAAUUUGAACAACACGAAUAAGAUAGUUCAUGUCAGAAUUGUCAUCUCGAUAAAAACAUCCUUCACACACAAAAAUGAAAAUUUUACUAGUUUCAAGAACUUGGCACCUGGCAUGGUAUAAAUGGAGGACAUACCAACAUUGAACCAAGCUCGUAAAAAGGGGAUUUGUUGACCAAGAAAAGCUUUUUCCAAUCCAAAUAUUCCAAUGCCACCAUUGAUUAAAUUAAAACCGCUUUUGUUUUUUGUUCUGACAUUCAUAUAAGUUGUAAGUUGUAACCAACACAUUUAUUUACAAUUUGUCAAUUUCAUAAAUUUGGAAAAGAAAAUGAUCUCAUAAUCCAGAAAAUCCACAUAAAUGCUGAAUAAUAAAUAUUAUUGUCGGGUAAAAUCCAAGUGUCACAUAUUUAUUUGACUUAAAUAAGCAAUAUCAUACUAAUAUGUAGAAUCCGGUCUAAAAAUAUACAUCAUCUUCUUAUACAACACUCUUGUGUAUAAAGGUUCAUUAACUCAACUUGACAUUCUACACCACGCACCAUAUAUACCAAUGUACAUAAAUCAAUGGUUUAAUAUUCGUGGGUAUACCAAAUACAAACACGAACAUAAUACAAGAAAAUCAUCAUUUAUUUUGUUUCGCAAUCUAUUCUUCAUUAUCUUUAUACCUGAAAACAUGCACGAUCACAUGUAGCUUUGGAAAUUUGGAAGAGUUAGAAGAAGACGAAUCAACCUAUCAACAAAAUAAAAUUCUUUUGACAAUCAUUUUUUUGUUGAUUCCGACAUAGAUAAUAAAAAAAAUAGAUCAUAUAGUUUCUAUAAAGAGCAAAAAAUCCAAUGUGAACUAAAUAGAGGUUGAUUUUUUCAUUUGUAGUUGGAUUAAAAAGUAACAAAAAGAAUGAAAGUGGGUUUCCGUUUGCUUUGGUCCAGGACCUUGUGUGGAGGAGAAUUAAGAUAAUAAAGUCCAAAAAGUAGUUAAAACGAGGUUGUUGUGUAUCGAGCCUGUUUACUUUAAACUAAUGAUUUAGCUUAUCUACCAGUAGAUUACAUGAGUGUUGCAUGAUACAAUGUAUAGGUCAAGCACUAUUUAUCCAAAUUUUAUCUAAAUAUCCUUACGAUUCUAGGGGGCCGAGACUAUUUCCGGGUGGAUCGGGGCCCACCCUAGUCUCUAAGUACCUCCGCCCCUGAGUCACUCUAUCAAAUAUCGAAUUCCAAAUCGUGAGACUGUUUAACGGUACAAAAUGGUUGGACCACAUUUUUUUUUUUACAAAUAGCCACCUAACUCUCUCCACUAAAUGUAUACACAAACUCCUCCAACCUCAUUUCUCAUGUCUAUAUAUAUCUCCACACCACAGAGAUAAUUUCCUCCAUCUCCACACAAAAAAACUCCCAACCCACCAACAAUGGCGGCGAUGCCAAUCGUCUUCUCGGAGCUCUACCUCGUCGCCAAGUUCUUCCUCAACCUCCUCCUCCUCAAACUCACCACCGUCCUCCGCUCACGCUCCUCCACCACCACCACCACCUCCGGCUUCCCCUCCUCCGCCUCCACCGACGACGACGACCGCCGCCGCCUCAUCGACGAGAAGUACCCUCAUUACCACUACCACGCGCCGCCGCCGCCGGGAGAGGACUGCGCCGUGUGCCUCUGCGAGCUCGAGAAAGGGGACGCCGUCAGGGAGCUGGGGUGCCGGCACACGUUCCACAAGGACUGCGUCGACACGUGGCUCGCAUUGGAAGCACGGAAGAAGAGAGCGAAAGGGUCUUCGUCGGCGGCGAUGAUGACGUGCCCGCUCUGCCGGACAGGCGUCUUGCAGACGGAAGAUCUGAACCUCGGACGGCGGCGCGUGGGGACCAGUUUCCUCGGUGGCGGUGGUGAUGAGUACGAUGACGACAGCUUGGAGUGGGGACAGCAGCAGUUCGCUUUAUUGCUCUCCUCGUUACGCGGUGACCACCGCCAGAUUAUUAACUAAUCAAUGGAAAUUUUAUCUCCUUUUUUAUCUUCUUUUCCACAUUAUAUAUAGAUAGAUAGAUGGAAAGCAACUAACCACAACAAAGGCUUGUUGGUUCAUGUCGGUUUGACCGGUUAACCGAUAACAAGCAGGAGCAAUCGGUUUCGUCUUAUGGGUUUUUUAUUACGUGCGUAAUCUGUGUAAAAAUGUAUAUUCAUGUUUCGAAUUCGGCAUUCAGGUUGUUUAUUUGCUUCACCUUGGGUCAGUACGUACUAACUGAUGAUUACUCAAUUUAUAUGGUCGUUUAGAGUCCAACCACUCGAACAUCCAGUACGCCGAUAAAUCCCGACAAUUUGAGGGUCGAGGUGAUCAGGCUCGAGUUUCGAAGUUUAUAUCAUUUAUAUUUAUUGAUUCGAUAAGGCUAUUAUUGCUGCCUAUGUUUUCCUUUUUUAUUUGUAGUUUUUUUAAUUAUUAUUCCUAUUUCAUUGUUAGAAAAAGAAAAUGGAUUUAGUUUUUGAAUUUUGCUAGAUUAGUAAGUCCAAUAUUCUAGUAAACUCCAAUAUUCCUAUUUAGUUUCUCCCAUAAAGGGAUUUGUUUUUAUAUGUAUGGAUUGAUCCAAAACUUAAUAUGGACGAGACAGACAAACAGGCUGUAGACGUGGUGUUUGAGGCCCUCGAAUUGAGGGAGUUUGGUCCCGACUUGUGUGCCCAAAGAUCAAGUUGUUCCACGACCUCUGGUCUUUUACCCUUUUGUUAUGGCGAGGAAUUCAUAGGUAAAUUUUUGAGUUGUUGACAUGAUAUACAUCUUUAGGUUCAAAAUGCCUAACUCGUUCAGCCUCCGAAAAUCGACCGAAUUUCGAUUACCUCAAUUUCCGGUUAAUGAAUAACCGGCCGGUUAUCGGUUUAAUCGGUCGGUUAGCCGGUAACCGAAACUCCACCCCUAAUAACUGUGUUGUGAAAUGUAUAUGUAAGAAUCAUAGUCAAGGGACAAAACAUACAAUUGACCCAGAAAAUGUAUAUAAAAACGAAUAUAGGAUUUAGGGUUUAUCGUUUUAGGCAAGAUGGUGCUUGUUUUGGAACUUAUAUGAUUCUUGCUUUUAUAAUGAUGCACAUGCUGGAAUAAACUAUUAGAGAUAAUUGAUUUUUCCUUUUAUUCUUUUAUUAUUUCUCCACAACUUUCUGCUCCUACAUUUUUGGGUAGUGCCUACGUGCACGUGAUUUCUCUCCUCCAAAACUUGUAUAUUAGUUUACAGAAUCCUUCAAUGAGAAUCAUAUCAGAUUUUCCUCAAUUCUAAAACUCUAUAAUCUCUCACAUAAACAUGGGAUUGUACACAUUGUGGAAACUACAAGGUAUCCAAGCAGUGGCUUAGCCAGGAUUUCGUUUAAGGUGGGUACACCUCGAAAAAAAUAAAUAUGAUAAAAUAGUUUUUUAAUAUAAUCUUACGUUGAAAACUUUUGAUAAAUUAAAAUACAUUAGCCGUCCAAAAUAUCAAGAAUAUCACUCUACAUAUAUACCAAACAAUCGUUGAUUUAGUUAGUCGUAGUGUUUCAAAUGGUGUUCUUUGUUAAGAACCGUUAGUAUCAAUACCUAGAGGUUUAAUAAUAAAUCUUAUACCAACCAAUAAUUCAUGAUUUACCUA